AUGGAAAAGGACAAGAAGCUUGAAGGCGUUGUCGAGACGACUGCGCUGCUGGUGAACGAGGAUGGAUCCGAUGCUGGUUCGAUCGACCCUGUUUUGAUUGAGCGCGGCCACGCGCGGCGCAUGGGCCACUUGGAGAACUACUUCGCUUUGCUCCAAAGGCAGGAUCUGUACAGUAACUUUUCGAUCUACGGGCAAUUCAACCGUUCGAUCGAUGUGCGGUCGAAGGCGUUUUUGGCGGCGCUGAAAGAUAUCUUUUGCAAGAACCCGAUUUUGGUGCACACGAUCGUGCCCAAGAGGUACCCGUACGAGGAGGAGUACUACCGUAGCGAGGAGUAUUUGAACGAGCCCUUCCCCGAACACGACUACAUCAAAGUGUUGCCUCGGUUAUCUCUUGAGAGUGUAAUCCUCAACUUUCAAGAGACACAGCAGCAAGUGGUUAGUGAGAUUAUUGCACAGUAUCGGAGGGACGAUUACCAGGUGAAAAAUGUGUUGACUGAGCUUGUUUCGCAGAUCCGGAUCCCGAUCUGCGACCCGGGGAAGCCCAAUUGGGGGUUGAUCUGCCUGCCCAUGAAGGUGGAUGACGAGAAGAAGGAGGAAGGCGUAAGGUUUGGGAAGGUGAUCUACGUGAGCAACCACUGUUGUGCGGAUGCAAUGACUGGUAUCAAUCUUUUCCAGGAUAUAAUAGCGAACUUGAACCGUGCCACUGAUGAGAGUGUCUCGGAUGACACUACGAUAUUCGAUUACAGUGUGGACCACUCUGCCAUCUCGAAAAUCCCGAUCCCAAUCACGGACCGGAUCGAUUACCGCCCGGCACUGUCCUCUCUACCCAAAUUCAUGGUUUCUACAAUGUUGAAGAAGUACUUCGACUACAGGUCCAAUGCCCCGGAGACGAAACGGAUCAGUGAGCAGAACGCUAACUGGCACAGUAUUGUGAACUUCCCAUCGGAACAAAUGGACGUGAUCCGCACCGCGGUGCGGACACAGGGUUGUUCCGUGACUGCGUUCUUGCAGACGUGUCUCUCCGUUGCGUUGCAAAACAGCGGCGUGUUCCAAAACAGAAGGUACAGCGAGUUGGGGUUCGACAUCUCCGUCCCCAGCGACACAAGACGUAUCCUGCCCGGUGACUUGGCCGCCGACCAGUACAAGUACGGUUCUAACGUUGCCGGGCUGCACUACAGCUACUUCAUCCCCAGCUUCCAAGAGACCGAGUUCUGGCCCCUGACCCAGUACUACACGGGCGUGCUCCGCGGCGCGGACUACUUGAUAGGGCUCGGCACUAUCAUGCUCGAUUUCGUGUACAAGAAACAGAACAUCGACAAACUGAUCAGCGAGUCGUACCUGGGCAACCGCCGAGGCGGGAUUAUCCUGAGCAACGUGGGCGCACUGGUCACGGGCGGGGCGGAGGCGACCAAAGCGGACCGCUGGACACUGCGGGACCUCAAGUUUGUCCAGGACGUCGGCGUGCUCAACUUCUCGUACGUCGUGAACGUCGUGAGCACCCCGGCGGGCGGGAUGAACGUGUGCCUGAGCUGUGCCCAGGGCAGCCUGCCCAGCCGCGCGCAGUUCGACGCCGUCUGCGCCGAGUUCCAGCACCUCGUAUCCCGCCAGACCCAGACCCAGACCCAGCCCCAGUAG